GCUGAAUUCUAUUGGAAAUUGGAAAAUAAAAAAUCACGAAUCAGAUAAUCGUCAAAAACCAAAAACCAAUUUUCGAAUGCCACCGGAAUCCAGGAUCAGUGAUUCCACACCGACAAGUUGCUAGGUAGUCAUCCCAGACCAGAUGAGUACAAUACUUCAGCGUCGUCGUGCUGUUGGAAAUGAUGGAGAUGACGACGAUCGCUGYUUGGAAGAGGGCCAUUUCGGAACAAAUGGUAACUGCGACGACGAUUGCAGCACGCAGUCGCAAUGGCCGAUAGAAGCAUCGUGUUCCAAACAGUGGCGACGCCAAUGGCGACGAUCCAGUACGUGCAAGAAACUUACGAUAAUCUUCGUGCUCAAGAAAGUUGUUGUCGUCGUGGUAUUCGUGAUUUGUUAUCUCUUAUUUCAAGAUAAUGCACCGACUUCACCAAAACUGCCCAUCCCAAACAUCGAURUCGAGGUAACAGGUGCCGACGAUUGGCCCCUAGUUCACAUCGUCCAGUCACGGUUCAUGCAGGAGCAAGGACCGCUGGAAAUUCUUGGUAUGGCUCGGUUGAAACUGUUCCUGACGUUUUGUCUUCCGAGUAUGGUCCAACAGACUUCUCAGAAUUUUCUUUGGAUCAUCAAAACGGAUCCUCAAUUUACGAAGACCUCAGUUUUUGAUGUGCUAAUCCGUUCGGUCCGACCGCACGACAACAUUUAUUUGGUGGCUUCCAAUGCGAAUUUUAUCUUUGGUUCCGAUGGRCGUGAGGGAUCCUGGAGAGAUGGGAAGGUGAGUGCGCAUCUUGAGUUCGUUCCGUGUUUUUCUCAAGCCUCGAACCUCUGUAUUGUUUUGGUCUUCUUCUUGCUACUAUACCUUUUCACAACGGAAUCUGUUUAACACCCAACAUUUAUCAUAGGAAGCGAACGAUUUGCUGCAAUCCACAAUAUAUACAGGUAAUAUCACCAAAUUGCAUAUAGCCAUGGCRCUACGCAACGAGCGACCGAUACUCGAAACCAGAUUGGAUGCCGAUGACGGAUUGCACAAGCAAUUCAUCGAAUAUAUACAGCRCACCGCGCUAAAGCGAUUUCAACCAUCCAAAGACGACGAGGAUGCCGARGACGGGAAUAUAAUUCCUCGAUGGYUGUACUGGUGUUCGAGAAGGCAUAUUGAAUGGCAUUCGGAUACGGAUGCGUCCGUUCCCGACGAAGAAAAGAGAAGAAUMGGAAGUCCAGGACUUGGCUACAUGAAUGUCGUGCAGCACAACAAGCUCUGUGUGACCCCUGGUAUAACCGUUGGAUACAAUGUUGGUACUGACAAAAAAUCAAACAACRUUGUCGACGUCCCGCAGUACGAUCACGAUAAGUUGUACAAAAAUGUCCGGAAUUCUCUUGAUUGUUACAGCACAAACGAUAGAAAAAAUAUCCCUGAUGCAGCGGAGGACGAAACGAACGGUUCCUGUUUAGAGUUGGUAGAGGACUUUCUUUUCUGUGCGAUCCGAUCGCGAACGUGGACGUCAGCGGGUAUGCUUGGUGUCAAUCUUGUCUCUGACAACGUUCUUUUCGGUGGUGACGGCGAUCGGCAAGAGGAUUUUGGACGGAUGGUAUGGUCGUUUUCCGAGGAUGCAUUUAGUGUGACUGAAGCAAAGGUGGAGGAAACUCAAAGGUUCUUAAUUGAAAACAAGAAACGCAUCGCCCACGAAAACCUAUUGGGGCAGUGCUCGUCUGGACAUUCGUGUAAGGAUACGGCAAAAAAAGAGUUGCAACAAAUUAUUGACGAUCUAGAAAGGAAGCACAAGGGAUAAAGGGGAAACAAACGMAUUUGUUAAAACUAGCAAGAAAAAUGAGUAUCYUUCUGCCGUUGUCAAGGAGCGAUACUCUUAUUUUGGGCUUUCACCAAUGAUUUGACUUGGAAAGCUCAAUCGUAUCGUAUCAAUUCCACGAGGCAAAAAUUCUCAUGAAUAAUAAAAGUGUUGCUUG